CGGUUUUAAAAUCACCGACUUUAACUUUAACUAGGUCUCUAUCCAAAAACAUUUAACUGGGUUUGCAAUUAAAACUACGCUACACAAGGCCCAUUAUAAAACUCCACUAAUAACUAUGGUUUACGCUAGGGUUUCUAGGAGGGACGAUACUAUAAAUAAACACAGUUGCUCCAAUACCCCAAUAGCUUGCGCAGAGGGCAACAACAAGAAGAGAGGCAGCUUCGUCGAGAUGGGUCGUGUUAUUAGGGCUCAACGUAAGGGUGCCGCUGGUUCCGUCUUCAAGUCCCACACCCACCACCGCAAGGGUCCGGCUAAGUUCCGUAGCCUCGACUACGGUGAGAGAAAUGGGUACCUCAAGGGUGUUGUGACUGAGAUCAUCCACGAUCCAGGACGUGGUGCUCCGUUAGCUCGCGUCGAUUUCCGACAUCCUUUCCGUUACAAGAAGCAGAAGGAGCUGUUCGUUGCUGCGGAAGGUAUGUACACGGGACAGUUCCUCUACUGUGGUAAGAAGGCGACUCUCGUUGUAGGUAACGUGCUUCCCCUUAGAUCGAUUCCCGAGGGAGCUGUUGUCUGCAACGUUGAGCUUCAUGUUGGUGACCGUGGAGCACUCGCUAGAGCUUCCGGUGAUUAUGCCAUCGUGAUUUCUCACAAUCCUGACAACGACACCACUAGGAUUAAACUUCCUUCUGGGGCGAAGAAGAUUGUGCAAAGUGGAUGCAGAGCGAUGAUUGGGCAAGUUGCUGGUGGAGGCAGAACAGAGAAGCCACUUCUCAAGGCAGGUAGGGCAUACCACAAGUACCGAGUGAAGAGAAACUGCUGGCCUAUAGUUCGUGGUGUGGCUAUGAACCCAGUGGAGCAUCCUCACGGAGGAGGAAACCACCAGCACAUUGGUCAUGCUAGUACGGUCAGACGUGAUGCACCACCAGGGAAGAAGGUUGGUCAAAUUGCUGCGAGAAGAACAGGUCGUCGCAGAGGUGCUGCUGCCGUUGCAGCAGCCAAGGCAGAUUAGACUUAAUUGUGGCACAAGCUUCUCUGUUUUCUUUGGAUUUUUUGCUGAUUUUAUUAUUAAACCUUAAGAGUUUGCCGUUUUUCGUUU